CUCUUAGUCUAGCCAACUAGCUAGGCUUGUUUACGUACUCGCGACAUAUACGACAUGAAUCUAUCUGUAAAUGGUCAAUCACAAGUACCUCCGGGCUUUCGUUUCCAUCCAACUGAGGAAGAACUCCUUCACUAUUACUUGAGAAAAAAGAUAGCUAACGAAAAGAUUGAUCUCGAUGUUAUACGUGAAGUAGACCUCAACAAGCUCGAACCAUGGGACAUUCAAGAGAAGUGCAAAAUAGGAUCAACACCACAAAAUGAUUGGUACUUGUUCAGCCAUAAGGACAAGAAGUAUCCAUCUGGGAGUCGUACCAACCGUGCUACUGCUGCUGGAUUCUGGAAGGCUACGGGUCGUGACAAAGUGAUAUACGGAAACUGUAAGAGAAUAGGGAUGCGAAAAACCUUAGUCUUCUAUAAAGGACGUGCCCCUCAUGGCCUGAAAUUAGAUUGGAUCAUGCACGAAUAUCGCCUAGACGACAUCUCCACGCCUCAACAUCAGCCCCCUCUCAACUUUUGUGCCUCGGAAUCAGCUGCUCCGGAAGAGGGUUGGGUGGUCUGCCGUGUUUUCAAGAAGAAGAGUACUGUACUUCAAAGCUCCUCUGCAGUAAUGUCUAAAACUCUUACUCAUGAGAAUACAAGCACUCAUCAUGACGGUGUUCUUGAUCAAAUACUCAUGUACAUGGGAAGAUCAUCCAAACAACAACAACAUGAAACCAAAAGCAGCAAUAUUGUCCAACAGGUCAACAACAACGACAACGACAACGACAACGGAAACAUUCAAUUUGAUAAUAGUGAAGACAGUUUCCUACACCUUCCAGAGCUGGUGAAUCAUCAUCAAGAUUGCAAUUUUGAUGAUGAGAUGAUCAUCAUGUCAACAGAAACCGAUGAUCAACAUUAUUCUUGCAUGAUUAAUAAUUACCAAGAGGACAAUGAGGCUGCAGAUCAUAAAAAAAAUGGACCUACUUGUGACUGGUUAGCCCUGGUGGCUUCUCAACUUAAUGGCCACCAUGUUGAAGCACCAACGAACAAUAAUACUACUCGAUCCAAUGAUGAUGAUGUUGAAUUUUGGAGCUAUGCACAAUCAUCAACCUUUGAUCCACUAAGUCAGUUCACUGUAUGAAUCAUACUUAGAUAAACUCGUACUGUAUAGGAUA